UGUGUGUGUGUCUCUCUCUCUCUGAAGGUCUGGAGCGGUCAGAUGUCGAAGGGCUCGGUGGUUCUGGCCUACAGCGGGGGUCUGGACACCUCCUGUAUUCUGCUGUGGCUAAAGGAGCAGGGCUACGAAGUCAUCGCCUACCUGGCCAAUAUUGGACAGGAUGAGGACUUUGAUGCUGCGCGGAAGAAAGCGGAGAAGCUUGGAGCUGAGAAGGUGUUCAUCGAGGACCUGCGCUCGGAGUUUGUGCAGGAGUUCAUCUGGCCCGCGCUGCAGGCCAACGCCGUCUACGAGGACCGCUAUCUGCUGGGUACAUCUAUCGCUCGGCCCUGCAUCGCCCGCAGACAGGUGCAGAUCGCCCGGAGAGAAGGAGCGCAGUACGUUUCUCACGGAGCCACAGGAAAGGGGAAUGACCAGAUCCGCUUUGAGCUGACGUGUUACGCGCUCUAUCCUCAAGUGCAGAUCAUCGCUCCGUGGAGGAUCCCAGAGUUUUACAGCCGCUUCCGGGGCCGGACCGACCUGAUGGAGUACGCAGAGAAACACGGUAUUCCUGUUCCUGUCACACCGAAGGCACCGUGGAGCAUGGAUGCAAAUCUCAUGCACAUCAGCUAUGAAUCUGGAAUUCUGGAGAAUCCGAAGAAUCACGCACCUCCAGAUCUCUACCAGAUGACCAAGAACCCAGAAGAUUCUCCCAAUGAGCCAGACGUGCUGGAGAUCCACUUCGCUAAAGGUGUUCCAGUCAAAGUCAGGCAUGUUAAGGAAGGAACGUGUAAAGAGACACCGCUGGAGAUCUUCUGCUAUCUGAAUGAGAUCGGUGGAAAGCAUGGUGUGGGGAGAAUCGAUAUUGUGGAGAACCGCUUCAUUGGAAUGAAGUCCAGAGGUAUCUACGAAACCCCUGGAGGAACCAUCCUGCUUCACGCUCAUCUGGACAUCGAGACCUUCACGAUGGACCGAGAGGUUCGGAAGAUCAAGCAGAGUCUCGGCAUCAAGUUCUCCGAGCUCAUCUAUAACGGGUUCUGGUACAGUCCUGAGUGUGAGUUCGUCCGUCACUGCAUUGAUAAAUCUCAGGAGAGCGUGGAGGGUUGUGUGCAGCUGUCUGUCUUUAAGGGUCAGGUGUAUAUCCUCGGCCGAGAGUCGCCCAAAUCCCUGUACAACGAGGAGCUGGUCAGUAUGGAUGUGCAGGGCGACUACGACCCCUGCGACGCCUCUGGAUUCAUCAGGAUCAAUGCGGUCAGGCUGCGGGAACACAACCGUCUGCAGGGAGCCGCUCAGAAGAAGCUCUGAAGAUCUCGGUGAUUCUGUUACUGAUUUCAAAUCUGGGGCCAGGUGUUCAGAAAGUUUAAUCUGGAUCAGAAUGAUCUGGAUUUGGAAAUCCCAUACACACUUUUCCAGAUUUCCAAAUCUGGAUUAAUAGAGCUCUACGGAGCCCCUAAAGGGACAUAGUGAUGUUUUGCAUUCUAGUUUUGCAUUGCAUUUACACAAAUAACUACUUCUGGCUGCUCCAUCUCUGAUGAUUGUGCCAAUGUAGUUUACAAGCAGUGAUUAAAAACAAACAAACUUUAAAUUAAAUAAAUAUUUUUGUUUGAUAUUGCCAGCUGUUUGGGGAUAUAUUGCAUGUUACAAAUGUUGUAUCUUUUGGAACAGUUUUAAAGUUUUAUUACAUUUUUGUUCCUGAAAUCCACCCUUCUGCUGGGAUCAGAAUAAUCCAUUUUUUUUUAAUCAAAAGUAUCCCAGUCUUACUAAAACGUUUUGAACAACACAAACUGAAGAUUUAAUCCAGAUCAAAACCAAAAGAUUGGAUUUUGUGAUCUGAUCCGAAUUCAGAAUCCUUUUUUUCUUUUGAACAACCCAUUUUCAAGAUUCGAUCCAAUCCGAUGGCCAACAUCCGAUCAGAUUACUUUUGAACAACUGGCCCCUGACGAUAUAUAAAAAAAGAAAUAACAUGAAUUUGUGCAUUUUAAUGUGUUUGAAAGACAAAAGACUUCCAAAGACACAGUAAUCCAUGAUUAAAUAACCGUCUGAGUGAUAAUAAUCAAUCGUGUAAUCAAUAAAAAAGUAACUGUAGUCUGAGUACGAGUAUUUUAAAAAGUAAUUUAAUCUAAUUAC